AAAAGUUAUUUUUUCUCUUGAUUUUUGACUUAGAUUAUUUUUUUUUCUGCUUUUUAAGUCCUAUCACAUUAUUUAAUUAAUAAAUUAGUUGUCAAGGUGACAUAUACAGGGUGUUUAAAAAAUCGAGUACUUCCGUGACACUGUGUCAUCAGAGUUUGUCAUGAGAGUUUAUAUUUUGCACUUUGACUCUAUUUAUUUCUGUUGGAAUAAUAAUAAUAAUAGCUACAGGCUAUUAGAAGAGGAAACAAAGAAGCUGUAUCCUAAACUGUAAUUUUGUUUAGUAUUAUUUGUGGCUUUUUUUGACAAAAUUUUUGUACAUAGAAGAUUGAAUAAAAAUAGUUGUGUUGCUAUGUGUUUUUAAAUGAGAUAUAACUCUUUUUUGUCAAGAUAUAAGCAAUAUAGUUAGGUUGCACCUGUAUGACCCUUCACUGUCAUUUUGUUAUCACUACAUUUGUGUUUUAUCUAUUAUCACAUCCACUUACAGUAAUUAUACAAACCAAAAAACAGGUUACCUGCGUAUUUUGUAUUUGUGUAUUGUACUGUUUUCCAGCAUUUAUAACAUAAAUUUGUUGCAAUAAAUACUCGUAAUACCUACUUUUUUGAGUAUAAUCGUUCCAAAUAUGGAGAUGAAGGUGUUUCUAAUUUUAAAUAUAAUAUGCAGUAUUGCAGCAGCUGGUCCAGGAGUAUUUUUAAUUACUGACCCAGUGGACCAUAGCGAAUGUCCCACAUGGGACAGUAGAAAUAAUUUGUUGUAUUUUGUGAACAUUCAUGCAGGUGAAAUCUAUAGAUACCACUACGAAAAUGAAGAAAUAGAAGUCAUAAAACUCGACGGUGAAAUCGCUCCUGUCAUUCCCUCAAAACGCGACCCAAAUCUUCUAAUUGCUGGGUUAAACCGAUCAAUUGUAGCUGUGGAAUGGAACCAAACAUCAUCAAGUGAUACAAGAAUCCUUACAACCCUAUCCAAUCAAUUCCCUACAAGCAGAGUUAAUGACGGUAAAGCUGACAACCAGGGACGUUUGUGGAUUGGAACCAUGGGUUAUGAAAAUUCGAGUGGUUUAACACCCAACCAAGGAGUUUUAUACCAAGUGGCUUGUAAGACACUAAACUCUCCACUUGUCGAAAUUGCUCCACUGAAUAUAAGUAAUGGAAUGGCAUGGAAUAAAGCCAACGAUAAAUUAUAUUACAUAGACACUCCAACGAGACAAGUAGUAGAAUAUGCUUACGACGAGGAAAGCGGUAUAAUAAGUAACAGACGUGUUGCUUUUGACAUGAGGAAUUACUCUGAUCGACUUGGUGGAAAUCCCGAUGGAAUGACAAUCGAUGAAGAUGACAAUUUAUGGGUGGCUUUGUUUGGAGGUGGAGCUGUUAUUAAAGUUAAUCCUGCCAAUGGUCAACUUUUGCAAAUUGUGGCAAUACCAGCAGAGGAUGUUACUUCAGUAAUGUGGGGCGGACCUAAUCUGGAUGUCUUGUAUGUGACUACUUCAAGAUAUAGUCUCAGUCAAGAAGACAGGCUGAAGCAACCAGUUGCUGGUGCUGUGUUUGGAGUUGUUGGAUUGUACACUAAAGGGUUGCCGAUGAAUGCAGUUGAUCUUUUGGGAUCUAUUGAUGACCAGAGUUGUGGAACUACAAGAAAUUGAAUUGUGACCUGGGUGCCCGGAACAUGUAUAUUUUCAAAUCAAAUCUUAAUCUCAUUCUUUUAAACAAUUAUUCUUGUCGAAAAUUCAACAUUGUAAGGAUUGCUUUUAUCCAUUUUUGUAAAGAAGCUUAAAUAAAAUUCAUUUUACAUUUAA